AGAGCGGGAAAAUGGCUUAUCAUGUACCCUCCCCACACCCUCUUUUCUCUUCCAUAAUCGCCACACCCUCUCUCUCUCUCUUGCUCCUCUAGAAAGCUCAGGCCGAGUAACUCUGAUAUUCACACCUUCAAUCUCACCUUCCCUACACACCAGCAUUUCUCUCCAAAUAAACCACGUUUCUUUACAAGAAACGCAGGGCCCAGAUGACCAAAGACUUGAAAACCCUUCAACUAUAUUUAGGCAAGUGCAUUAAGUGAAGAAAUGUCCGAUGCAUGUUGACUUGGGGGUCUUGAGUCUUGAGUCUUGACCCCUUCACCAUUUAUGGUCGUUCCGCCCCUGUAUUCAAUCAUUUCGCCCAGACUGUCCAAAACAUCAGAUCUCAUCUGAUCGAGCACUCACUGCAACAACAAUGGGGGAAAAGAAGGUGACUAUAAUGAUUCUGAAGGUAGAUCUUCAGUGUGAAAAAUGCUACAGGAAGGUCAAGAAAGUUCUCUGUAAAUUCCCUGAAAUACGAGACCAGACGUACGACGAGAAGAACAACCAGGUGAUCAUCAAAGUGGUCUGCUGCAGUCCUGAAAAGAUCAGGGACAAGCUAUGCUGCAAAGGAGGUGGCGCCAUUAAGAGCAUCGAGAUCAAAGAGCCCGAGAAGCCCAAAGAGAAACCAAAGGAAGAUAAACCACCCAAAGAAGGCGAGAAGCCGAAGGUUGAGUCGGAGUCGAAGCCGAAGCCGAAGAACCCGUGUUGUAUGGAAUGUUACGGAGGGCGUCCUGGUGGUCCCUGCGAAACUGGGUAUGGUUACGGUGGGCCUGCCCCUUACAUACAGUAUGAUGGCUACUAUGGAAGGCCGGUGUAUGAUAGUUACGGCGGUGGGAGGAGCUACACCACUAGUUACUGCGUGACCCGCCCCGAUUGUUUCAGUGAAGAAAAUCCCCAAGCGUGCGCCAUCAUGUAAAACUAUACGUACCUACCUACGUACUGUGCUUUUAAUUUGCCGCCUUUGUGGGAAAGUUUCCUUCAGCUCGGCGGUCCUUCAUUUUUAAUUUUUAUAGUGUUAAAGAAUAAAGUAUGGUUGGUGAUGGUGGUGGACAAAUUGCGAUCAGACCAUCAUUCUAUUACUAAAGUAAUAAGAACUAAGUUUGACCCUUGACAAAAAACAAA